AUGGCGAACGUUGCUAUUCCUACUUCGUUGUACUCGGAUGCUUCUGGUAUUAAGACUCUCAGUGGGUCAAAUUUCUCCGAAUGGUAUGAAAAAAUUAAAUUCACCUUGGGUGUUAUGGAUUUGGACCCAGCAUUGCUUACUGAAAAACAUGUGGAAUUAACGAAUGCUGACAGUGAGGAAGAAGUUAGCCUAAUUGAAGCCUGGACCAAGUUCAAUAGGCUUAGUCUUAUGCUUAUUAGAAUGACCGUUGCUAAUAACAUUAAGACUUCUCUUCCUGAGGUUGCCAAUGCUACGGAACUGUUAGCGGCUAUUAAGAAUGUUUUAACUCAACAGACAAGUCGCUAG